AUGGCGUCCGCGGCUACCCUACCUCCUACCGAUAUCCUGACUCCCCGCCUGCCCGCUCAUCCCAUGUCGGGUAUGUACCACCCGGCGUCCACAUCGCGAUCCCCCUCCAUGCAAUACGACCACAGGCCCUACACCGACUACUCCAAGCCCAGGGAGAAUGUGCGGUACGAGCCGUACGCGGACCGUCGCAGAGUCAGCGGGCGGCCCGAGGAGAAGAUCACUCUCCCAAGUCUGGCGGGAUUGGCGCACGACCCAUACGCACCAAGACAAGUCCUUCCGUCCAUCCAGCCGUACCAGCCGGCCUGGGGCGCAGAGACACGGCUACCAUCGCGCGGUCAAAUCCAGCUCCCCUCCCUUCGGUCCAUAUCGGGCGAAUCAUCACCCACAACCUCCCGGCCCCCACCUCACAGCUAUGGUCCCCCUCGGGACCCCUACCUCCCCCCACCCCUCAGCCCAUCGAUGACACGGCCGGCCGUCUACUCGCAGCCAUCUCCGCUCCCCUCGCAGCAACAUCCCCUAUCCCAGCAGCCCCUUCGGCCUCACACCUACCCCUAUCAUCCCCCAGCCCUCCCUCCACCCCCUCCACGCAAAACCCAUCCACCGCCACAUGACCCUCGCAAUCCCUCUCCGCCUGUCCGAGUCAAGCACGAGCCGGACAGCUCCCCGCCACUACGUUCUGCGCCUUUAUCGCAAAGGACGGACGAGCGGUACUUUCCAGCCCCGGUGGCGCAGAGCUACUCGCCCACCGGUCCAAGGGUAGAUUAUGCCGAUACCAGGCGGGGUUCGGUGGUCAGCCUAGCAGGAGAAGGCAAGGAGCAGGUCGUUGGUCAGACGCGCCGUCUCGCACAUCUCAUGUCGGAGCAGAAGCGCAGAGAGUCUAUCAAUACCGGCUUCCAUGCUCUGCGGUCAGCCCUCCCCCUCGCCCUACCUACCGACUCGAAAGCCAUCAUCCUCCGUAAAGCCCUCGCUCGGAUCGAAGAACUCGAGGCUCGGGCGGGUAUCGCAUCGGCUUCUUCUCAUCGUCGUUCCGCUCGGCAGACCUACGAGAGCGAGACCUCGUCCACUGCUACUCGGCCAGACUGGCGGACGGGUGGCGGACUACACCCGCAGCGUAUGGACGAGCGGGUCCCAUCGGGCACAUCACAGUCUUCAUCGUCGUCAAGACCGCAAGAGGCGGAGGGGAGGUAUAAUGACGAGUGGGCAGAGGCUCGUCGUGGGGAAUAUGAGGAGAGUCCGGGGAGCGAGAUGGGAGAUGGGGAGUAUGAUGGGGUGCAGCCAGACGGGGAGGCGAGGGAAUGGGCGGAUGAGGAGAUGCAAGGCAGGGGGGCUUACAGUCAGGAGAGGCGAGGCUCGAUCGUCAGGUAG